CCCGCGCGCGCAGCCGGGCCGGGCAGAGCCGCGGGCGCGCGCAGCCGCCGCCGCCGCCGCCGCCGCCAUGGGCUGCACCGUGAGCGCCGAGGACAAGGCGGCCGCGGAGCGCUCCCGCAUGAUCGACAAGAACCUGCGCGAGGACGGCGAGAAGGCGGCGCGGGAGGUGAAGCUGCUGCUGCUGGGUGCCGGCGAAUCGGGGAAGAGCACCAUCGUCAAACAGAUGAAGAUCAUCCAUGAGGAUGGCUACUCAGAGGAAGAAUGCAGGCAGUACAAAGCCGUGGUCUACAGCAACACCAUCCAGUCCAUCAUGGCCAUCAUUAAGGCGAUGGGCAACCUGCAGAUUGACUUUGGAGACUCCUCAAGAGCGGAUGACGCUCGGCAGCUGUUCGCGCUCUCCUGCACCGCCGAGGAGCAGGGCAUCAUGCCAGAGGACCUGGCCAACGUGAUCCGGAGGCUGUGGGCUGACAAUGGGGUCCAGGCUUGUUUUAACCGCUCCCGAGAGUACCAGCUGAACGACUCCGCUGCCUACUACCUGAAUGACCUGGAGAGGAUAGCGCGUGCCGACUACAUCCCCACCCAGCAGGACGUGCUGCGCACCAGGGUGAAGACCACCGGCAUCGUGGAGACCCAUUUCACCUUCAAGGACCUGCACUUCAAGAUGUUCGACGUGGGCGGGCAGCGCUCGGAGCGGAAGAAGUGGAUCCACUGCUUCGAGGGGGUGACAGCCAUCAUUUUCUGCGUGGCCCUUAGCGCCUACGACCUGGUGCUGGCUGAGGAUGAGGAGAUGAACCGGAUGCAUGAGAGCAUGAAGCUGUUUGACAGCAUCUGCAACAACAAGUGGUUCACGGACACAUCCAUCAUCCUCUUCCUCAACAAGAAGGACCUCUUUGAGGAGAAGAUCGUGCACAGCCCCCUGACCAUUUGCUUCCCUGAGUACACAGGGGCCAACAAGUACGACGAGGCGGCCGGCUACAUCCAGAGCAAGUUUGAGGACCUGAACAAGCGGAAGGACACCAAGGAGAUCUACACCCACUUCACCUGCGCCACCGACACCAAGAACGUGCAGUUUGUCUUUGAUGCCGUCACUGACGUCAUCAUCAAAAACAACCUGAAGGACUGCGGGCUCUUCUGAGAGCCAGCGCUGCCCAGGACCCCUGCACGACGGCGAAGGAAGGACCGCGGUGCCCCCCCACUCCUGCUUCUCUUUGGAUUCAUCCCUCUGCCCCCACCCCACAAAGAGACUUUCUGGGGGCCAGCACGGCGGCCGGGCCCGUGUCCCCCCCCUGCUGCCUCUGCUUGCCCCUCGCCAUCCUCCUCAUCGGCGUCCCCCUUUCUGCCUUCCUGAGGAAAAUGAGGUUUUCAUCUUGUUUUUUAAGCCCCGAACCACUCCAGCCCCGCUGUUCAUUCGUUCCCAAGCCCUGGCGCUCUCACUGUUUACAUUGCAAGUGUUGCUGGCGCAGGGUGGGGGAUGCAGGGGUCCCUUUGGGGACACCCACCCUGCCCAAAACACAAACUGAUAACAUUCCUUUUUUUUGUAAACCAGAAAGCAACAAAAAAAAAAAAGGCAAAAAAAACCCCCCCAAAACAGAGCAAAAAACAAAAAAAAACACAAACCAAACCCACACCACCCCGGCUGGGGCCAGGUUGCUUUUUAAAGAAACCUUUUUACCAAACUAUUUAAAAGCGUCGAGUGCUACGUGGUGGCGGUGACCUCGGU